AUGACUCGCAUAACGGAUUCCAACCAUAAAUCGUCGUCGACGACCAUCAAGUUUCUCUAUAGCUACGGCGGCAAGAUUCAGCCACGUAAGAUAGACGGCAAGCUUCGUUACGUCGGCGGCCAUACCAGAGUUCUCGCCGUCGACCGUUUUGUCACGUACACAGAGCUGAUUGUUAAGUUCUGGGAGGCGUGUGGAUUUUCCGUCAAGUUGAAGUGUAAGCUGCCGACCGAAGAUCUCGACGUGUUGGUGUCUAUUACUGGCGAUGAGGAUCUCGCAGCUGUAUUAGAGGAGUACGAUCGAGUUUCUCCAGAUGUGAAGAUCAGAGCUGUUCUUUUCCCCAUCGAUUCGUUGAAGACAAUUUCUCCUGUUUCAUCUGCUGCUUCGCUUGUCGAUUUUCCUGUCGCAAAACCGCUGCGGGAUCCAGUUGUGGUCAAUUAUAACGCAAUUACGCAACAACGUCCGUUCUCAGCCUUCAAGUUCCAUGGUUUUCCAGUUGCUAACCCUCCGUUUGUCGGUAGAUAA